AAGGCAGUGACCUACCUACAGGCAGCACCGUAGCUUGACGUUCCAAAGUGCACAGUCUUUGUUCCUGCCACCAGUCUCAGAAGCAACUACAUCAAGAUUCCAGAUAUCAACAGUUAACUCACCAUGGCACCUCCCUCCAAACUCAAGAUAGCAACCGGCGUCGUGACCCGCUUGGUCAAGGAGGAAAAGAGCUAUCACAAGGAGAUUGAGCAACAGGAAGCGCGCAUCAAGAAGGCAGAGACCAGCGAGGGUGAUGAAAACGCCGAGUACACGUUGAAACAGGAGCGUCAAGCACUCCAGGAGACCAAGAACGUGCUGCCUGGCAUGAAGACCAAGAUUGAGCAGGCGAUCGAGAGGCUGGAAGAGGAGCUUGAAGGCAACGGUGGUGAGGCGCCAGAGGAAGAGGUUACAAAGGCAAAGGAAGCCAUUGCCCAGGGUAAGGCGGCCAUGAACGAGGCAUCUUAGUUUUUGAAGGUUAUGGGGAUGGUUUCAGACACUACAGAAGACAAGAAGAAUUGAUACCCUGAACACCGCGCUAUGCAAAUAAAAUCGUCAACA